AUGACUGUUCACAACACCAACCAGGCUUGCUGCAGCAUCCCUCCCGUCAAGUCCGACUACUCUCCCAAGGGCACCACUGAAAAGACUGGCGGUCUCGACACCUACUCUAUUGGACCAAAGGAUGCUAAACACGCCAUCAUCGUAGUCUAUGACAUCUUCGGCUUCCACAAUGCUACUAAGCAAGGUGCCGAUCUCCUCGCCGAAUCCACCAAGGCUCGCGUCGUCAUGCCCGACUUUUUCCGCGGCAAACCUUUCCCGCAGUCCUUCUACCCACCCGACACCGAUGAGAAGAAGCAGGCUCUCCAGAGCUUCUUCGGCGCAGCCGGCGACUUUGGCGCACGCAAGCCCGAUCUGGAAGCCGUCGCUGACGAGCUCAAGAAGGACGGUGCUGCCAAGCUCGGUCUGGUCGGUUUCUGCUGGGGUGGAAAGAUGAGCGUGAUCGCCGGUGGUGAGGGUACCAAGUUCACCGCGGUUGCUCAGGUUCACCCCGCCAUGGUCGACGCUGCUGAUGCCGAGAAGUUGACCGUCCCCGUCGCCAACUUCCCCUCGAAGGACGAGCCUCAGAAGGACGUGGAUGCGUUCGAGGCUGCCGUUCAGAAGAAGCCUUUCGCCAAGGACAGCGUCUACAAGCACUACCCCGACAGCCACCACGGUUGGGCCGCUGCUAGGGCUGAUCUCAGCGACGAGGGCAACCUCAAGAACUUCCAGGACGUUUACCAGCGCCUGGCUGACUUCUUCAACAAGCAGCUUGCUUAA